AUGAAUAAAGAAUAUAAUACUAUUGAAAAUUGGAUUACAUAGAGUAGCCAAGAUAUAAAAGGUAGAUUAAAUGUUUAUCCUUCGGAUUCUAAAAAAAAUUAAACUCUCUAAUAAUUUGAUGUUGGCUAACCAAGAAAUUCUCUAUACUUAAUAUCUCCAUAAAUCUCAAAAGAAUUUUAAUAAUAAGAUAAUGAAGAAAAUUAUGUCAGCGCUAGAAAUUUACAAGAUAAAUCAGAGUAUGAGGAAGCUAAUUAAUAUUUAAGUAAAAGCUAAUAAGAUUUGUUUCUUUAGAAUACUGAAAGAAGUAAUCUAAAUGGUAUUCAACCACUUAAUUCUACUAUCUAUCCAAAGAUUAAUCUUUAUGGAAAAUAAGAAGAAAAUUCAAAAAUAGAAUAUUCAAAUGAAGAGUACAAUAUUAGUAAUAGAUAGUAAUUUUUUCAUGCUUCUUAAUAAGACUAGUUAAAUUCCUUUAGAUUUUAAUUAGAUCAUAAAAAUGAAAAUUAUUCUUAAAAUUUUGAUGAUCUUAGUAGAAAUAAGUCAAAUAAGAAUGUGAAUUUUUAGAGUAUUAAUGAGAAAAGAAGAAGUAGCAAGAUGCAAUCAGAGUUAUUUUAAUAGUCUUUGCAAAAGAUAAUUUAAUAAUAAAAUAUUUAAAAUAUAGUAAAUACUGAAAUAACACCAAAAGAGCAGCAAAACGAUAUUAAUAAGUCUUAAAAGUUAGCCUAAUAAAUUGCGUAAUAAAAGAGCUUAGAGCAAACUUAAAUUGAUGACUUUUAAUAGAACAAAUUAAAUAUUUAAAAGCUCAAAAAAAAAGGAGAAAAAAUGGCUAACACUUUUGUAAUAAGAGUGAAACGCUUUUAAAGGUUUUUAAAAAAUAUGAAAGACUUAUCUCAAUCCUACAAAUUUAAAACUAUGAAUCUUGAAUAAAAAUAAAAAUUUAAUGAUUUAUCGUUUUUUUAAUCAAGAAAAAAAUAGAUCUCAGUGGCUAUUGAUAGCUAAAAAAUAAUUUCUAAACUGUUCAAUAAAUUUAUUUCUAAAUUAACUAACUCCAUUCCUGUUUUUGAUCCUUUGAAUUUUGCUAUAAUAGCUUUUGAGAUUGUUAUUUUAAUAGUUUUAAUCACUUAAAUGCUCAUUUUACCAUUAGCUGACUCAUUCAAUAUUGACUUCUUUAAGAUAGGAAUCUGUUUUUUCAAAGAAAACAUAGUUGUGAGCAAUAGAAAAAAAAUUUUUCUUCAUUACCAUUAUAGUGGAGGGCUUGUCAUAGAUUUAAUAACUGUCUUUUCAAUAGUAGUGACUUAAUUUACUUAAAACUCUUAUGUCUAUUUAUUUUUCAUCCUAAGACUUUAUUAAAUAUAGAAAGUCAUUACUAAAAUAGAUACUAAGUUUUCAUUAUCUUAAAGAGUCCCAUUUAGCUUUUAAAUAACUAAACUCAUAUUUCUUGUUUUGAUGUUGGCGCAUAUGAACGGUUGCAUUUUUAAUUACGUUGCUAAAGGUUUAGAUGAAAGUUGGCUUACAAAAAAUAAUUUAUAGCAUACUGAAUGGCAAGUGAGAUAUAUUAAUAGUGUAUAUUUUUCAUUUAUAACUAUGGUAACUGUUGGAUAUGGAGACAUAACUCCUAUUUCUCUUGAAGAGAAAGUCUUUGUAAUCUUUAUGGUAGCUUACAGUUGUGGAGUUUUUGGUUAUAUUGUAAGCAGCAUAGGUAAUAUUUUCACUGAGAGAGCACAGAUAAAAGCAAAAUAUAAGAGAUAAUUAGUUGAUAUUAUUCACUAUAUGAGAACGAGGAAUAUUGAUUAGGCAAUCUAAACCUAAGUAUUUUAAUAUUUGAAUUACUUAGAAUAAAUGGAUCACUAUAAUCAUUAAAAGGGUGAGUAUAUUGUAUAAAAACUUUCUCCAUAUCUUCAAUAAUAAAUUAAUAUGAAUUCUUACUAUCCAUUUCUAAAUAAGACUACUAUUUUUAAACUAAAUUUUAAAGACUCUGUUUUAGUAAAUGCAUCACUUAAAAUGAAAGAAUUAACUUUUGGACCAGGUUAAAUAAUAUUCAAUUAAAAUGACUGCGAUAACAGAUUAUUUUACAUCCUGAAAGGAGAAGUACAACUAAUACACAAUAGCCACAACAUUUGCACUAAAGAUGAAAAUGAUAACUGUUUUGGAAUAAGUGAGUUCUUUAGUGGUGAGGCAAGAAAUCUAUGUGCUAGAAGUAAAACUGUGUCCUAAAUUUUAUACCUUGAGCUUAGCUAGUUCAAAUAAAUUCUAAAAGAAGAUCCCUAUGAAUAUGAGAAAUUUUGCUGUUUGAAGGAUUAAAUUAUUCAAAGUAGAAUCGUAGUUGAUUAAGCUUGUUUUUUUUGUAAAAGAUAUGACCACGAAUAUAUUGAAUGCCCUUACUAUACUGUAAAACACUAGAAGUAAUUAAUAAUUGAAAAGAGUAAGGUAAGUAUAAAUUAGAUUAGAAAGCAAUCAGAGAGAAAAUUGAAACAAAAAUUUAGUAGUUUAUUGGAGAAUAAUGAAGUUAGACUAAACUUAAAAGCGGUGAGAAUAAACUAUGUUAACAAUUUAAUUAUAGAUAAAGAGCAAAUGAUUUAACUUAUCCUUAAUACUUGUGAAAUGGAAACAGAUAUAGAUUUUUAUAGAAAAUAUGAUUCAUUUUAUUUAAAAUAAAAUAAUGAUAAUCAAGAAUUUACUGCUGUACUUAUACCUAAUGAUAAAAUUGCUGAAGAGUUUUACUCUCAAGAUGAAGAAGAAGAAGAGAGCGAUGAAGAUGAAUAAGAAGCGUUAGAUACCCUAAAUCCUGUAUCAAAUAUGCAUAAGAAGGUUAGUAGAAGUUCUAUUUUAGCAAUUGAUAGUAAUUUGGAAGAAUAAAAAAUUUCAUCACAAACGUCACUAGUUUCUUCAAGAAAUUAGUAGAGAAAAAACACUUCAUAAUAAGGAUAGACACCAAACUAGAAUACUCCGAAUCCUAUUUCGAGUAUUAUAAUGAAUGAUAAAUUAUCUAUGUUUAAAGAAAAUAAUAAUCAAAUUGGUAAUAAAAAAACAUUUAUGUAAAGGUAGCAGUCUACUAAGAGACUUUCCAACAUAUCUCACUACUAAAAGCAAAAUACAAUAAAAGAUCCUCAAAAGACUAUCGAAGAGAAUUUACUUAAGUAUAUAGUCAGCUUAAUAGCACAAAAUCAAACUAAGCACAAAGCAAGUACUUAAUUAGAAGUAGAUUCUCACAUCUAAGCAAAUGAAUUUUUUACAAUAAAUGAUUUUGAUUAAAUGCAAGAAUUCAUUCGCUAUUUCCCAAAAAGCAACUAUCUUUGUGUUUUAGAGUAAAGCAAUAAAUUAUCUUAAAAAAGAUAGAGAGUGAUUAUUAAAAGGAGAAAAAAGACUUUUAGAAAAAAUACAGUUUUAUAAUCUCCUACAGCUAUCAGAAGAAGUAGAAUGAAUACAAGAUUCACUGCUUAUACAAAUAAAAUCGAAAAUACAUCAAUAAACUAAAAUAUUGCUAAUGAUUAAAUACAGGUUUCUUAAAAUAAAAAUAUAGAUAAAUCUAUUGAUAAUUAAGAAUCACCUUUAAGUGAAAAUAAUAAAUCUUAAUUUUAUAAAUCACCUGAAAUUCCUAAAUCUAGUUUCUUCAAAAAAUUACAAUGA